ACCGGAACCUAUUCAAAUCAUCCACCCACGCGCCAUAAUGGCCAUAGUCCAAGAAGAAGAGAUACGCGAGGUAGUUGAUGAAAACACUGGUCUCAUCCGUCAAGUACAGACCACAAGAAUAGGACUACACGACGGGGAGGGAGGACUCUACGUCGCAGAGCAAACUAGAGAUGUUUCUGCUAGAGUGAUGGAGAGAGAACCUCCACCUCGAGCUCCACCUCGACCUCAACCUGCUAGAAGAGCAGCUCCUGCACCAAGAAGAAGGGCACCGUACGUUAGGCCACUCUCACCAGAGGGAAGAGCUCAGAAAGCCUUCAGGUUCUGUCUCAUACCGUUCUUCAUUCCAUGCGUCUGCAACAAAUUCUGGUUUGGAGGUCUACUGCUAGUAUUAUUACCAUUGACUAUUAUACUAAGCAUUGCCAUUGGAUUCCUGCCAUCAGUGGACUGUGGGUAUUACAUCACAUACACCAGUAUCAGUGUCUUGUGUAUGCUUGGAAUUAUACUCAUCCUAACUGCUUUAUGUACCUGCUUCAUUUGCGUAAAAGAAGACGAAAUGGCCGACUACAGGGACACCAGACACAGAAACUGUCAAACUCGUAUCUUCUUUGCCUCAUGCUACUUUGGAUUGGCCUUCUUGCUGUUCCUCUCAAUGAGUUCAGCUUUUAUUUUUAUCGAGUAUCAUAAAUUUGAUGUUUUCGGUGACUGUUCUUCCAGUGUACUGCUACUAAUCAGUCUCUAUUUCUCGUAUGCCCUAAUGCUAUACUUUAUAUUUGGGUGGUGCUUCGUCGCUUGUAAAGAAUCAAGACCACUGUUCGAGGAAUAAUAUCAACAACAAUAAUAACAAUAACAAUAAUAAUGUAAUCUUCUUAAAAUUCAUGAUAACUAAACUAUUAUCUCAUGUAUAGCUAUAUUCUUAUAUUUUCCUUGCUGCAUAAUAUGUAUUAUUAUUAUUAUUAUUAUUAUUAUUAUUACUUGUGUCUCUUUCUGCUAUUUCAAAGUUUAAGUGAAAUAUAA